AUGGUCUUUCAGGACCACGAGGUGCUGUACAUGCUCCGGCUCUUUGAGCGCAUGAUCACCUUCCGGAAGAGCCUCCACCUGGCCGAGCCCGCGUUGCCCCUGCGCUACUACCUGACGGGCCUGGUGCUGGUCAGCGCGAUGCAGAAGAAGGAGAAGCUGGCACUGAUCUUCGAGGCGUUUGACAGCGACUACGACGCCUGUCUGCUCUACAGCCAGGUCCAGGAAAUGUGCCACGUGAUCUGCGUCCUGAAGGCACAUGGGAGUCGGAGAGCGGACUGCUAA